AUGACAGAAACUGAAGCCGAUUCUAAACUAAUAUAUUUAGGAUGCAACAGAGUAGUUUAUCAAAGCGAAGAUAAGAGAAUAAAGUUAUAUGAAUUACGAUAAUUAAAAAAAACAGAUCCUUUUGUCUACUUUCCUUGGGUUAAAGGUCCUGGGUAAAAAACAUUAGGCAAGGGAAAAUGGUAUAUUUUUAAAAAUUAUGAAAUUGCAAAUGAGAUUCUAGUGCCUGUGGCAUCUUUAUAUUCAUCAUACAAACAGAUCUCAAAAUAUAAAAUAAAUGUAAAAGGUUUGAAAAUCGAAUCUAUGAGGGCUCCUUAUUAAAAUAUAUUAGGAGUGAUUAAAAAAGUAAGCGAUCUUGAUACAGAAUCAAGACAAUAUUCUUUUAGAAUUCUAAAAGUUUUAUUAGUAGAUAAAACUGUAGUAGAGAUUUUAUUGAAAUAAAAAUUUGCAACUAGAAAGGUAGAAAAAUUUAAAGAAGGUGAAAUAAUCUAUAUUUAUUAAUGUAAACUUAAUAACGAUUAUAACAAUAACAGAUAAUGGUAUUCAUCUCUUAGAAAUAAUACAAAAAUCAAAUUUGAUCUAGAAAUUAUUAAAGGACAUGUAGGUAAGUUAAAAUUGAACGAAGUUAAAAAAUUGGUGGGCAUAAAUGAUUUCGAUGAAGAAACAGGAUAAUUUGAAUGA